ACCCAAAAAAAUAAAAAUCAUGAAAAAUAUUUGUUUUUAUUUGUCUUCACUUUAUUGCAAUGAAAUCCAAAUUGGAUACAGGAGUAAUGCCAAGAUACUUGCAAAGAAAUCAGAACUUCCUCUUGCCUAUAUAUUGCAGACAUUGCAGAGAACUUCCUUGUCUAAAUUGCCUAUAUUUUCCGUAAAUUAUAGUACUAAUCUCUUUUAUUAUCAUGGUUAAAAAAAUAGAACAGUUGAAGCUCAUCGAGAAUGAGCCUAGCAGGCAAAUAUGUUUUGCAAAACGACGAAAUGGACUUAUGAAGAAAGCCUUAGAAUUACAUAUGGUGUGUGAUGUUGAUUCUAUUGUUAUAGCCUUCUCACCUGCUGGUCGCCUCAGCUUCUUUUGUGGUGGCAACAGAAGGGUUGAAGACAUUAUAAGGCACUUUGCAGCAUUGCCAGAAGAUAUCCGAGGCUUCCAGAUACCAGAUCCAGAGUUGUGGGUUUUACUUGAAACACUGGACAAGCUUAAAGAACAAACAAAGGAGCACAUCCAAAAUGACAGUACCAUUUCGGCUAUCCAGAGAGAACUUUCUCAGGUGGAAAAAGAGAUUCAGGGUGCUUUAAUUGAGACGAGGAGAUACGAACCCUUGCAUGCAGUGAUAAUGACAAUUGAAGAAGCAAACCUUUCUGAAGAACUCCUUGAGGAGACACUUGCCCGCGUCCAAGAAAGAAAGCAAGAGCUAACAGCUAAGGAUAAUGAAGAUGCAUCUCAAGAAAUGCCUGAUGCCAUGAAUGGAGCAGAAACUUCUUCACCAAAACCUGUGGAUGUAGUUCAGCAAGCCGAGCCUGAGCACCAAGUGAAUGAGAACUCUAAUGAGAACCAACACCAAUCACCUACUGCAGAAGGCAUUCAAGAUGCAUUGAUGAGGCAGAGCAGUCCAUCGAAACAUCUACCGCCAGAAGUGGCUAGUCCUAAUCUACUGCCAGAAGUGGCUAGUCCUGAUCUACUGCCAGUAGUGGCUAUUCCUAAUCCUCAGCAUGCUGGAACAUCGUUUACCAGCCUUUUAAAUGCCGCAGAUGUUGCAGAAGAAACCGCAUCUGCUUUUAGGGGAGUGGUCUUCUCCCAACCGCCAGAUCAGAACCACAACUCCUCACCCUUGCUACAAAAUCAGUUCAAUUUAUUCCAAGAUGGUCUCCUUCACACUUAUUCCUAUUCGAAUGUUAAUACAACAGGAGUCAAUCAAUCUUCAGAAUGCAAUGAGAUCAGCACAGUUGGAACUGCAAAUGGUAAUAAUUACCCAUUUUCAAGCUUGAUUUCCCCAAAUUUACAGCUACAGCCUUCCCCUGCAAGCUUCAAAGUGCCUGAUUACCGAAUGCAGCUUCCUAUGCCGGCCCCUCAUUACUACCAAAUAUCUCAGCCAAGGCCAUUAGGAGACAGCAGCAACAUGUCGCCUUUCAGUACUCCGCAGUGGUCUAAUCAAAGAACUCUGCAGCAUGAUCCAACUCUCUUUGUGCGAAAUCCACAGUGGUCUAAUCAGAUUAUUCUGCAGCAAAAUCCAACCGCCGUUGGACAGAAUGCACUUCAACGAACCAGCUAUCAGGGCUUGUUUAGUUCAUUUGAUAGGAUGGAUAGCAUGUAUCCAGACUCAAGAUCACCAGCCUUCAUCCCAAGACCACCACAUCUGCAAAUGAAUCGCCAGUCGAUGGGAGGUCUAAACAAUGGCCCAAAUCUUUCUCUGGACUUACAAGGGCUAUUUGCCAACAAUUCUCCGAGGAAAGCACCUUGGGAAGAUGACUUUGAUCUGAGGCGGGCAAGUUACCAGAAUGGGAAUACAGCACCAAACAAUACUGAUUCUCCAGCUUCUAUUCUUAUUCCCGAUCCUAGGCCUAUAGGAAAUGCACUCUAUAGUCCUGAAUAUGCACAUAUGGGCUUGGCCAUUGACCCCCAUAUCCGGAAUCUUCAAGAAGUAAUAAGAUAUGAUAAUGGCAGAGGACAUCAAGGAAACCAGCAAGGAAACGAAUGAUGAUUGAUGCUCCAAGAAUGGUUUAAACUCAAUAUAUUGAGUGUCAAUUUGCUCAUUACAAGACAAUUUGACCAUCUUUUUAUCUUCAAGUUAUUUUCUUGUGUUUUGUGUUAAGAAUAUGACCCACAUUUAUGUGAGUUUAAAUUACUCAUGGAGUCAUUUUAUGUGUAUUGGAUUAUUCCCUCCUACCUGUAUACUUUUGGUUUAUGGAUGAAACUCCACAUAAUUUAUUUAGUAUUUUU